AUGAAGAAUGAGUAAUCUAUAUUUAAGUUAUUUUUGACAAUGGAGUUACCUAAAUAACUUAAUAAUAAUAAAGAACUUGGUGCUUAUCGAUAUGUGAUUGAUAUUUAAGAUUAAUCGAAAACAUUUAAUUCAGCAUCAACUUAAAGCAUUUUAUUUUUCUUAAAGUAAAAUUAAUCAUCAUAUAAAUAUUAAUAGUGAAAUAGAAAACGAUACAAAUUUAACAGUAAAGUUGAUCUCAGAAAAAACAAAUAAAAUUUUAGGGACUUUAACAAUAUUGAUUCCAUUAGCAAUUAAUUAUGAACCAGAAUUGACUCUAACAGAAUCAUUUUAAUUUGAAAAUGAAAAUAAAAUAAAUGGUUCCUACACACUUUAUUUAAUUAAUACUCCAUUAUUUAAAUAGAAAGGUUCAACUGAUACAUCAAUAUAAAAAAAUAACUCAGUUAUAUAAACAUAAGGAUUAAAGAAAUAGAUUUCAAAGUCUCCAUAAUCUAAAUUAUCUUAAUAAACUUAUUUAGAGAAAAUAAAUAAAGAAGUUAGUUAAAUAUUAAAUAAGCAUCAUCAUUCUCUAAGUUAAAAAAAAGAUAAAACAAUUGAUACUGGUAUUGUUGAUGAAUCUCCAAGUAGAAUAAGUGAUAGAGUAUAGGUGAGUAGAUCUGGAACAAUAGUAUAAUCUGAGAUCAGUCCAUCAUAAGUAAGGAAAUAUGUUAUGGAAGAAUCUCCUUCUAAAUUAAAUAGCAGUUUCAAUAAAGAUAAAGAAAUUAAUCAUAGACAUCAUUAAGAUUUAAGUUGCUUAUAUUAUUUAGAUUAAGCAACUUUAACUAAUCAAAUUUAAAUAGAGAAUGAAAACUUAAAAGAGACAAUUAUUUUAUUGAACUCUAGAUUGGAGUAUUAAGAAUAAUAAAUUAUUUUAUAUAAAUCUUUAGAAUAAAAUUAUAAAGAAAUAUAAAAUCAAUUAACAACAUUUAAAAAAGCUCAAGAAUCAAAUAAAUAAAUCGAUUCUAUAUUUGAAAAAGAAGUUAUUAAAAUAAAUGCGUAACUUAAUUAAAAAAUUACUUAAUUAUUAGAAAAUGAAAAGAAAUUAUCAAAAUAAAAACUUGAUUAUGAAAUUCAAAUAUCUGAAUAAAAAAAUGAAAUAAAUAUAUUAAGAUAGAAGUCAUAUGAAUUAAGUGAGAAAUAAAAAUACUUUUCUAAUUUAAAUAAUGAUUUCUUAAGUUAAAAAUAAUAAAAUAUGGAAUUAAAAUAAGAAAUAAUUAAAAAUGUUAAAGAUUAUGAAGCUAAAUUAAACAAAUUUGAUUAACACAUAACUGAUCAAAACAAAAAAAUAGAUGAUUAAUCUAAAUAAAUUUGGGAUUAAAAGUAAUAAUAUAAUGAACUUGAGAAAUAAAAUAAAUCUUUAUCUUAUUAAUUAAAAAAACUUCAAGAAAAUAGUUCAUCAUCAAAAUAACCUUUAAUCAAUAUAAAACCUAUGAGUAAUAAUAAUGAAAAUGAGGAGACUUCAAAACAAUUACAAAUAGCUUAAGAAAUUAAUUAAUAGAAAUAAGUAGAGAUUGAUAAAUUAUAACAUGCUCUAAAGAAAGCUUAAUAAUAAGUAUAAGAUUAAUAGAAUGAAUAAGUAUAAACAAAAUAGGCUUUAAAUUAAGCAAAAUAAGAAUUAUCUAAAUUUAAAGAAUAGAAUUUAUAGAAUUAAAAUUAGAAGACGAAAUAAUAGACUGAGACAAAAUAAUUACAAUAAUAAAUAGAGACAGAAAAAGCUAAGGUAUAAAUAUAUUUAGAUUGUAGAUUGGAACAUUAUAAAGUUAAUUAAAAGCUAAAAACAUUUAAUUAUAAGAAGCUUAGGUAAGAGAAGAUAGUGCUUAAAAUAAAAUAUUAAAAUUGGAGUAGAUAAUAAAAUAAACAAAGAAUUUAAUAGAAAAUUAAGAGGAAUAGAUAAAUUUAUUGAAUAAUUAAGUAAAAGUUUGAAUAUAUUUUUAGAUAAAAGAUUUAUAGGAUGCAAAAUAGAAAUAAUAAAAUGAUAUAAAGGAAGAUAAAGAAAAAAUGAACUAAUUGAAAUUAUUAAUAAGUGGAAUGAAAGAAUAAAGAGUUGCAUAUAUACCAAUGCAUGGUGAUCCAAUAGAUCAUGCACUCUCUGAAUAUAUUAACUCUGUUGAUGAUCCUAAAAAAUUAAUUGAAUUAUUUUUUAGGGAAAAAGAAGGGUAAUAUUUGAUUGGUUCAAAAAGUGUUCAUUUAAAAAGUAAAUAAUAUAUUUAAAGUUUUAGCUGAAUAAGGAAAGGUUUUUGUAAAGAUUGGUGGAGGAUUUAUUGGAAUUGAAGAAUUUUUGGAUUUAUAUUUAAAGGAAAAAACUGAGAAAAUAGAAAAGAAAUAAAGUCAAUUAACACCAAGAAAUAAGAAUUCAAAUAAGAGUCAAAGAUCAUAGACAUCUACUCAUUAGUUUACUUCCUGAUAUAU